AUGUCUUCUCCUCCCUCUACUCGGCCAUAUCGGUCAAAACGUCAGCGACCCUGUGAUCAAUGCCGGGCGCGCAAGCUGGGAUGUCAAACAGAUGGCGGAGCCUGUCAACGAUGCCGCUCGGCCAAGUUGGAUUGUACUUUUGAUAAACCUCCACCGAAAAGGGCCCGAAAUUCGGCUGUUCCCUUCGUGAGCGUCGAAACCACGCUUGCAUCGACAUACAACAGCGACUUGACUCGCGAAUCCAGCGUGGGUGGAUCCCAAGAACCGCGAUUCCCUUCCCUGGGCCUGGAUCAAAGUAAUGGCUUGUCCCCAGGCUCCGGUAUUUUACCAUCCGGCCGACCACCGGCCCAAUUUGUCCAGAGCAUCGAUCAACUGGAAAACGGCCACGCUCAGCUUUUCGGCGCAUCCGCCGAAUCAGACCCGUGGUUGUUAAGGCACUGUUGCUUUGACGAUUCUGGGAUGAAGCACUUUUAUAAGGUGCAUUUUCGCAAUGCUGGAGGCGUGCCGACUGCCCAAAGGAUCCCAGUACACUUCAUGAUCUCGGCUGACGAGCUCACGACAGCUAUCAAGUUUGAGACUAGGGCUGGUGCUGGCGAUGUAACACGCGAGCGUCUGAAUUAUCUAGUCCCCCCGGAGUACGGAAGGAGGCUAGUUGGUUUAUUUGUCAAGUAUGUGUUUCCUGCUCUGCCGAUCAUCUCUCGUUCCCAGCUGGGGUUGACUACAGCGUCAUACCAGCUGCCAGAAAUAUCAGCACUAGACAAGGUUCCUAUCCAUUUGCUUGCGGCAAUUUACGCAUCGGCCUUCCAAUUUGUCGCCCAUGACGAUUAUCUAUGUGUUCUGAGCACCUACCAUGCAUCCCCCGUUGAGACGCUAUGGCGCAUGGUCUAUGAACUGAUCUCUGAGGAGAUCCACAGCCCCCGCCUAGCCGUUCUACAGGCAGCCUUACUGUACAUUCAUCAGCAGCCGAGGGACGAGGCCCGCCUGACGACGGCCGACACCCCAUUUCUUUGGUCCUUUGUCGGCCAAAUCGUUGGGCUGGCUUGUUCGCUCGGCCUUCACAUCGAGUGCCGUAUGUGGGGCAUCCCGGCAUGGGAGAAGCGCCUCCGACGGCGAUUGUGGUGGGCUGUUUAUGCCGAAGACAAAUGGCGGAGUUUAUUAAUGGGCCGGCCGCCCUAUAUACACCCCGCCGAAUGGGACGUGAGUGAACUGGAUGAAGGGGACUUCUUAGUGGGCCCUCGACAAGGAUUCUCAACACUGUCCUGUGAUACUGAGAUUCCUUUCCGGUACCUCGUCAAUCUUACACGUAUCGGCGAAGAGAUUCAUGACACCUUCUACACACUACGAGCCUCGCAAAUCUUGAAUGCAAACUUCAGUACCUCGGCGGAGUUGGGUCGUGGCCUACUCGAAAAGUUGAAUGCCUGGUAUUCUUCUCUGCCGGAGACCUUUCGACUUCCUAAUUGGAGCAAGUCUGUUAAUGGCCUUGCCCCGUAUCCCACAUCAAUCCACUUUGCUUACCUGUUGCUUGUGGUUUAUGUUUACCGGGCUAUGUUGAGGCCAAUGGCACGAUCCUCCAGCCCGCCGCUCAUCUUUGAUCUGGAAGAUAUGUCGGCUACGUCACCCUUGCCUGUCAACGAGUCAAUGCUCGACUUUAUGGAUCUCCCUGAAAUUGAAUCCUUGCCAGAGAUUGCAAUAUCCGAUGAGUUCGGGACGGGCGAGGCCACUCUACAUGCGGCAGAGAAGUUGAUUUUACGGGGUUCUGGUACUCCUGGUCACGGAUCGGGUUUGCCACAAUUUCAAAUUAUCUCAUGCUGCUACUGGUACAGGCCCCAAAUGGGGCUCAUGCUACCCGAGCAAAGCAUCUCGUGGACUCAUGGUUACAUGUUCUGCGAUGCCAGAGCCAAAGUUUUCCGCUUGUCAAGCUCGGCCUUGCCCGCCUUGAUGCGCUUCACUGGGCAGGACUAA